AUGAGAGCGGUUGACGUUGCUAUACCUGAAGUACCACAAGCUCCAUAUCCUAUAUUUUGUUCUGAGUUCAACGAAGUGAUCAAUGGAUUUGGUCGCGGAUCUAGUGAAUUAGGUAUUCCUACUGCUAAUAUCGAUAUUGACAAACUUCCAAGCAUAAUCAAUGACGACCUGUCAUUGGGAGUCUAUUUUGGAUAUUGUCAAUUGAUGGAGAAUGAUGCAUUGAAUAUUAACAAUAACGGGACUGAAACAUCUUCGAAUAUAAAAUUCAGAGAAGAUGGCAGUGAAGUGAUAUACAACUACGGAGCUCAAUUGAAUGCAAGCAAUGGAGAUUUGGAGAAGUUGCCUGUGGUAUUAUCAGUGGGUAAGAAUCCGUUUUAUAAUAAUGAGCAAGAUGUGGAUGCGAUUCAGAAGACAGUGGAAUUGCAUAUACUGCAUGACUUUGAAUCUGAUUUCUAUGGAGCAUUGAUCAAAUUCAAUAUUCUUGGAUACAUUAGACCGGAAUUGAAUUAUACUUCCAAAGAACAAUUAAUCGAUGAUAUUAAUACUGACAUCGAAAUAGCGAGAUCAACAUUACUCAAGCCGACCUAUCUAAAAUACAAGGACCUAUUAUAA